UUUUAACCUGCCAGUUCAAAGAGCACGAGAGACCGAACGCAACACUAUAAACCCUUAGAGAGGAAACACGUCUUGCGGUGGCACCUUGUAUUAUAAAACAUCUGAAAUGAGUCAUCGUUCUCGAGCCUCCAGGGUGCGACAGCAUGUCCACUGUGACUCCUGCUACAGCCGGCGCUGCAGGGCGCGGGUGGAGGUCUCUGUGUGCUGUGCAGUCAUCCCCUGCCGUCUGCUCUGUGGAGCUAUCUUCCACCUGUGCAAAGAGGAGGAUCACCUGCUGCUCUGCCCUAACGUGAGGGUCCCCUGCCUCAACGCUGGGUACGGCUGCCCGGUGCACCUGCUUCGCUCCUCGCAGGCAGCUCACUUGCAGGUGUGUCCGGCCAGUGUGGUGUGUUGCUCCAUGGAGUGGCUCCGCUGGCCGACCGAUGACACAAACCCACACAGCAACAUAGCCCUGCAGGAGAAUGUGAUAAAGGAAAAUGAGCAGCAGGGGGAGGCUCUGGAUCUCGCCAUGGCUCUGGUUGAUCAGUCAGAGCUUUAUGGGCGCCUAAAAAUGAAGCCGCUCUAUCCAGAGCUGAUGGAGGCAGAAGAGGAGGAAAUAAUGGAUGAGAAGAAAGAGGAGACGGCAACUGGAGAGUUUGUCAAUGGUUUCACAAACGAAGAUAUUAAUGAAGAGACAGUGCAGAGCAGUGUGGGGCAAGACUUCAGCUUCAGCAAAGAGAAAUACAACAUGUCUGAGAUGAUGUUCAGCAUGGAGAGAGGUGGCUGUGCUGUCGCUGAGGCAAACCAAAACAAUCCCAAACAAAACCCAAAACCUGGUGAGAAGGUGAAGACCCAGAGGCAGGAUGGCGGGGUUAAAGAAACAUGUGCCGACCACAAAGACACAGGGAAAGAUGGUGAGGCUGAUCCCCAAAACUGCCCCCCAACAGACGCAACAGGGCAUGCCCCGUGGCAGGAAGGAGUGCUGGAGCGUCUAAGGACAGACCUCAGCCCGCAGGAGUACACCAUGUAUGUGGUGCAUCAUGGCCGCAUGCUGCUCAACUUCGGACAUAUCCAGGCCUGUACACCGAGGGAAAAGGAUUUUGUCUAUGGCAGCCUGGAGCCCAUCCCAGUCCAGACCCUGCGCUCUUUCAAGGUCCCUGACAGCUAUCACUACAGGCAGCGGGUUCAUCUGUACGACACGGCUGCGCGGGCACAAAGUGAGCCUCGUAGUGUGGACACAUCAGACCUAGGAGCCAGCGAAGAGGACUGGUUCAGUGAUGAAGCAGCAACCACCCUGCUGGCCCACGCCGAGGAGGAGGUCAUGGGUCACAAGAUCAGCGCGUCAAAGGGAACUGAUGGGCUCUAUGUUGACGUGGGAACGCAGACGCACUCGUUCCGCUCGGCUCCGUUUAAAGGGAAGACGACCCUGGCGGACGUGAUGGUGGACAGGCCACUGAAGCUUCAUCUUCAGCUGCAGGCAGAGAGGGUGAGCGGCAGACACAGCAGAGCCAGUUGUGUCUUCACCUUCCUCUGUGGUCACGCCUUCCACCGCAGAGAGUUCGCCACACAUUUCAGAAACGUCCACAGUGACAUCCAGACGUCUCUGAGUGGAUGGUUCGAGCAGAGAUGCCCUCUAUCGUAUCUUGGAUGCACCUACAGCCAGAGGAGGUUUCAGCCCUCCACACAUAAAGCCACUGUCUCCUACAACCAGCAGCUGAGGAGUUUCAACUUGCGUCCGACACUUGAAGACUCAGUGGGUGACCCCACCCAGCCACCAGGAAAUUCAGCGGUCUCCUCCACUGCUCAGAGGAAGAGAGGAGGUCGGGCAGGAGGAGGGGAGGGCUAUCUGAGCUCGCUGCCCUAUGAGGUGCUGUGCCACAUGGCCAGUUUCCUGGACAGUCUGUCCCUGUCCCAGCUGGCUCUGGUGUCUCGGCUCAUGAGGGAGGUGUGCUCCUCACUGCUGAAAGAGAGAGGGAUGGUCACCCUCCGCUGGGAGAGGAAGACCUACUCCCAUGGUGGAGCCAAGUGGAAGGCUAAACCUGUAUGGGAGUUCAGUCAGCUCUUCACUGCAGUGGAUUCAUGGCACAUGGCCGACAUCCCUCCUAUAUCUGCUCAUCUAAAAGUCUGUCCUUACUACGAGACCUCUCCGCACACUGAGCCUUUUCCCCUUCCCAGCAUGAGUGAGAAACAUGGUGGCAGCAAGCAGAGGCUUAGCCUCGUCGACCAGUUCACAGGAAACAGAUGGCAACAAUGAAAAAAACUAUUUAAUUCUACCUGCUGUGUACCUAAAAAUAAUGUAUUUGUGUAUAAUUUAUGAUGAUGGCCAGAUUACACUGGUAUAGGGAUGAUGUCUUAUAAUCAGUAUGUCACAAAGCACCACACAGAACAAAUAAAAUCAACCUGAAUGUG